GGGAUCAUGUCUCAACCCUCGGUGUGUCGACCGGAUUGGACCGGCUGUCGGAGGAAUGGCCUGUUUCUGUCCCUGCUGCUGCUGCUGCUACUCAACGGCUCUCUGAAGGCCGCCCAGGCUGCCAAACCCAAAGGGCCGGGACACACACAUCUGAACUCCAUCCGCAUAGACGGGGACAUCUCCCUGGGUGGGCUCUUCCCGGUGCACGCCCGAGGGCACGACGGCAAGCCGUGCGGGGAGCUGAAGAAGGAGAAGGGCAUCCACAGGCUGGAGGCCAUGCUCUUCGCCCUUGACCGCAUCAAUAACGACCACAAUCUGCUGCCCAACAUCACACUGGGAGCCCGGAUCCUGGACACCUGCUCCCGGGACACUCACGCCCUGGAGCAGUCGCUCACCUUCGUGCAGGCGCUCAUCGAGAAGGACGGCACCGACGUCAAGUGUCUGGGCGGCGGCGCGCCCAUCAUCACCAAACCGGAGAGGGUGGUGGGGGUCAUCGGGGCGUCCUCCAGCUCCGUGUCCAUCAUGGUGGCCAACAUACUCCGCCUGUUUAAGAUCCCCCAGGUGAGCUACGCCUCCACGGCUCCGGAGCUCAGCGACAACACCCGCUACGACUUCUUCUCCCGGGUGGUGCCGCCGGACACCUACCAGGCACAGGCCAUGGUGGACAUCGUGAAGGCCAUGCGCUGGAACUACGUCUCCACCGUGGCCUCCGAGGGAAACUACGGCGAGAGCGGCGUGGACGCUUUCAUUCAGAAGUCUCGGGAGGACGGUGGCGUUUGCAUCUCCCAGUCCGUCAAGAUUCCCCGGGAGCCGAAGACGGGAGAGUUCGACAAGGUCAUCCGGAGACUCAGAGAAAACCCGAACGCACGAGUCGUCAUAAUCUUUGCCAACGAAGACGAUAUCAGGCGGCUGCUUCACGCGGCUAAAAAGGCGAACCAGACAGGUCACUUCAUCUGGGUGGGCUCGGACAGCUGGGGCUCAAAGAUCUCUCCGGUCGUGCACCAGGAGGAGAUGGCAGAGGGGGCCGUCACCAUCCUGCCCAAGCGCCUGUCCAUCAAAGGGUUUGAUCGCUACUUCAUCAGCCGAACGCUGGAGAACAACAGACGGAAUAUCUGGUUCGCCGAGUUCUGGGAGAACAACUUCAGCUGCAAGCUCAGCCGUCACGCCGUGAAGAAAGGCUCCGGGCUGAAGAAGUGCACAAAUCAGGAGCGGAUAGGAAAGGAUUCGAACUAUGAGCAGGAAGGGAAGGUGCAGUUUGUUAUCGAUGCUGUUUACGCGAUGGCACAUGCCCUGCACAACAUGCACCAGGAGCUGUGCCCAGGGAAAGUCGGCCUGUGCGCCAGGAUGGAUCCCAUCAACGGCACUCAUCUGCUGAAGCUCAUCCGCCAGCUCAACUUUGCAGGCAUAGCCGGCAACCCUGUGCUCUUCAACGAAAACGGAGACGCCCCUGGACGCUACGAGAUCUACCAGUACCAGAUCCAGAACCAGACGGCUGAAUACAAAAUCAUCGGCCACUGGACCGAUCAGCUCCACUUUAACGUUCGUUCGAUGCAGUGGCCGGGUGGCGUCCGUCAGAUCCCCACCUCAAUCUGCAGCCAUCCCUGUCAGCUUGGCGAGCGCAAGAAAAUCGUGAAGGGCAUCCCCUGCUGCUGGCACUGCGAGCGCUGCGAUGGUUACCAGUAUCAGGCGGACACCUACACCUGUAAGAUGUGCCGCUUUGAUUUGCGGCCGAACGAGAACCACACGGGUUGUGCUCCGAUCCCCAUCGUCAAGCUGGAGUGGAGCUCUCCGUGGGCGGUCAUCCCCGUGCUCAUUGCCGUCCUCGGCAUCAUGGCCACUUUGUUUGUGGUGGUCACGUUCAUCCGCCACAACGACACCCCCAUCGUGAAGGCAUCGGGCCGAGAGCUGAGCUACGUGCUGCUGACCGGCAUCUUUCUCUGCUACGCCACCACAUUCCUGAUGAUUUCCACCCCCGAUGUCGGAAUCUGCUCCCUGCGGAGGAUCUUCUUGGGUCUGGGGAUGAGCAUCAGCUAUGCCGCCCUACUCACCAAGACCAAUCGUAUUUACCGCAUCUUUGAGCAGGGCAGCAUGUCCGUGAGCGCACCCAAGUUAAUUUCUCCCGCCUCCCAGCUAGCCAUCACGUUCACCCUGGCGUCGGUGCAGCUGCUCGGGGUGUGCAUCUGGUUCGGCGUUGAUCCCUCCAAGGCAAUCAUUGACUACGAGGACCAGAGGACGUCUAACCCCGUGCUGGCUCGUGGUGUGCUCAAGUGUGACAUCUCUGACCUGUCUCUCAUCUGCCUGCUGGGCUACAGCAUGCUGCUGAUGGUCACCUGUACAGUGUAUGCCAUUAAAACCAGAGGGGUGCCCGAGACCUUCAAUGAGGCAAAACCCAUCGGUUUCACUAUGUACACCACCUGCAUUAUUUGGCUGGCGUUCAUCCCAAUCUUCUUCGGCACCUCACAGUCCACGGAGAAGAUGUACAUCCAAACAACCACGCUGACCAUCUCGGUGAGCCUGAGCGCCUCGGUGUCCCUGGGGCUGCUCUACAUGCCCAAGGUCUACGUGGUUCUGUUCCACCCCGAGCAGAACGUGCCCAAGCGCACGCGCAGCCUCAAGGCCGUGGUCACUGCCGCCACCAUGUCCAACAAAUUCAACCCCAAGGCCGGACUCAGACCCAACGGAGAAGCAAAGACCGAGCUGUGUGAAAGCCUGGAAACACAAACAUUCCCAACAAAGCAAACCUACAUCAGCUACAGCAACCACGGAAUCUAA